CAAGCUGCUGAAAACAUAUUUCGUCGAUGGCUAACAUGAAGGAAGGAGUGGUUUCUGCCCAUACUUUGUAAAAUACGCACACACAGAGAGAGAACAACGCGCAUAUAAUAAGCCAGUUAACGACAUUAAACAGUUGCCAACGUACCAACGUACAUUUAGCCCCUAAUGAACAUACAGUCCUUAACAGCAAAUACACCAAGCCUUGAGUCACAUACCCGCCUCUGCACAACGACAAAUCCUGCUGAUGCUACCGACGUUAGCGAGCUUCUUUGAGGCAUUCGUCGAGACAACAGCGACGCCUGAGCGGGGAGUCAAGUAAGUGGCAGGCAUGGGUCCGAAAAAGAGAGGUGCAAGGAAAAGGAAAACUGAGGAUGCCUUGAGGGAAGAGGAGGACACUGAGGAUAGAGGAGACAGCAGGAGGAGGAAGCACCGUGGAAAUAAGAAAUACAUUGGAGCUCAUGUUGGCAUUCAAGGUGGGAUAUGGAAGGCAGUGGAGUCCUGCACAGAGAUGGGUGGCAGCUGCUUUGCCCUGUUUCUGGGCUCCCAGCGGUCCUGGAAGAGGCCCGCUCUGGACCACACAGCUGCAGCCAAGUUUCGGGAGCAAUGUUCCCUACAAGAGUUUGACCCAGCUCACAUCUUGCCCCACGGGUCCUACCUGAUGAACUGUGGAUCUCCUAAAGAGGAUGUGUUUGAGAAGAGCCAGGCCCUGCUGGUGGAUGAGCUCAGCCGCUGCAGCCUACUGGGCCUAAACCUCUACAACUUCCACCCUGGCUCCUCCCUGGGCUCCAUCACCACUGAGCAGUGUAUGGACAAGAUAGCAGGAGCCAUUAACCACGCUCACCAGCAAACACCUGCUGUGGUCACAGUGUUGGAGAACAUGAGUGGCCAGGGCAGUACGGUGGGCGGUAAGUUCUCAGAGCUGAAGAGCAUCAUAGACAAAGUGGGAGACAAGACCAGAGUUGGAGUGUGUCUGGAUACCUGCCACGCCUUCGCAGCAGGAUACGACCUGGCUGCAGAGGGAGGGGUGAAGGCCAUGCUCGAUAAGUUUGAUGUCGAAGUGGGGCUCCACUAUCUUAAAGCCAUCCAUCUCAAUGACUCCAAAGGUAAACUGGGCUGCAACCUCGAUCGCCAUGAAGACAUUGGUAAAGGUCACAUCGGAAUCUCUGCUUUCCGAGACAUUGUCAACGAGCCCAGACUGGACAACAUCCCUCUGAUCUUGGAGACACCUGGACGGCCGGGAUUCGAGUAUGCUGAGCAGAUUGAACUUCUCUAUUCCCUCUGUGAGAAAAAAUAAAGAGCAUACUUGCUGAUUAAUAGCCACUGCUGAAGUGAAGCCUGCAAAGCCACAUAGCUCACAUAUAUGCUGUAUUUGUCAAGGACCAAAGGGUGGUGCAGCUUAUUCUCACACAAAUCAGAAUUGAUUUGGUUGUUAAUCACCAUCUGAAUAGUUUUAAUACAAAUGUUAUUUUUCUGAAUGAACAUAUGUUGAAUAAAUGUUGCAUUUUCCUCAUGAA